AUGUUCUCCAAGUUCUCCAUCGCAGUCACCGGCGUCCUCGCCAUCCUUGCUGCCGCCACCCCCACCCCCAAUGAGCUCGCCAGCCAGUGCCCAACAGGCGAGCUGCAGUGCUGCAACAGCGUCGGCAGCGCGACCGACCCAGCCAUCGCGACCAUCCUCGGCUCGCUGGGUAUCCCCGUCCAGGGUAUCUCGGCUCUCGUCGGCUUGACGUGCUCUGCCAUCAGUGUCGUCGGUGUUGGCAGCGGCGACAGCUGCACCGAGACUCCUGUCUGCUGCACCGACAAUUCCUAUGCCGGUCUCGUGUCGCUCGGCUGUGUUCCGGUCGAUUUGUGA